GUUUUUCUCUCUCUACUCCUUAAAGUCUCCUACCCAUCCUGGCCCUCCCUACCCUGGUUUGACCAGCUGACCUGGACCUGGCCAAGGCCCUGUCCUCCAUCAUGGCCACCGCACCAUUCUGGCUGACUAAGAUGUUUCCCUUCAAGGUGAGCAAAUGGAUGGGGCUUGCUUGCUUCCGGUCAAUGGUGGGCUCCUCACCCAACAUUCGCCAGAAGAAACUAAUCUAUAAACUGCAGGAGGAAAAGGCUUUUCGGGAAGAGAUGAAAAUUUUUCGCGAGAAAAUAGAAGACUUCAGGGAAGAGAUGUGGAAUUUCCGAGGCAAGAUCCGUGCUUUCCGGGGUCAGAUCUUAGGUUUUUGGGAAGAAGAGCGACCUUUCUGGGAAGAGGAGAAAACCUUCUGGAAAGAGGAAAAAACCUUCUGGGAAAUGGAAAGAUCUUUCCGAGAAGAAGAGAAAACCUUUUGGAAAAAGUACCAUACCUUUUGGAAGGAGGAUAAGGCCUUUUGGAAAGAGGACAAUGUCUUAUGGGAAAGAGACCGGAACCUUCUUCAGGAGGACAAGGCCCUGUGGGAGGAAGAGAAAGCCCUGUGGGUAGAGGAAAGAGCUCUUCUUGAGGAGGAGAAGGCCCUGUGGGAGGAUAAAAAGUCCCUCUGGGAGGAAGAGAAUGCCCUCUGGGAGGAGGAGAAAGCAUUCUGGGUAGAAGGUGGUGGCCAUAUUGCUGAGGAGCAGAUACCUGAAGACAGGCACUAUAACGUCGAUGGAGGGCCACAACCACCAGCCUUCUCCCGAGGCAGAGCUUGA